AUGCAGAACCCAUACACGGCGUCGAGUGGUGUGGGCGGCGGUCACACAACGGACGACACGGCGUACGACCCGACGUACGGCCGGAUCGGCGGACCAAACCUUAGCCGAAAUAUUUACGGCCAAACCCAGAAGAGGAGCAGCGCAUCCAUGCCCUGGGCCUACAACUCACGGGAAGGCACUUACUAUGGAGAAUGGGAUGAAUGA